AUGUCGGAAUACUGCAAGAAGUUUGGGGUAACGGCGCUCGACUGGCUUCUCACGAGAGGCGUUCUGAUCUUCUGGAUGGAUGGAUUCGGCGAGCCUUUGCGUGCAGACUUUGCUACCUCUGCUGGUGAUGUUGGGUUCUCGGUGCCCUACUCGCAUCCUGGACUAGCCAAUAGGGCGAUGCGCAACAAGGUAGACCGCCAUUUGGACGAGGAGUGUAGUCACUUUGCCAGAGAUCAUCAAGAGGGCGUUCACGCAGGUCUCCACAAGUUGUAUCACGCACAGGCUGAAUGGAUCCUGAAGGGCCAACUCUCGCCUGCGUUCACCAGCGAUUCCGUAGAGCAAGCCUCGACAUUGCCAGUCUACUCCAUCGCUGACACAGGUACAAAAGAUCUCAUGGAUCUGGCUGGCCAUGACCCUUUCGCGCCCGCUACGAGCACCCGUUCCAUGCAGAGAAUGGAGCCAACGAAACCUUCCACCAGUCCGCAAACCGACACUGAAGACUUCGAUGACAUCGCAGCAGCGAUCAGUCUGAUGAUGAUGCAGACUGCCGACUCGGCCAAAGACAAGUUCUCCUUGGACAACGAUCACUCCGGUACCCUUGAAGCUCCCAAAAUUCCCUCCAUACGGGUGACAGAACCGAACAAGAAUGACAUGUCGUUGGAGACAAAAGACUUUGGUAGUUUUAUCGCAGCUACAACAACAAGGAGAGCGCGCCCAAUUCGCAUCCCUUCCAUAUUCACCAGUCAUCGCGUUGCUGCUGGCUCUCCCACUCUCAGCUUUGCGCAACAAUCCACUGUGGUUGAUGAACAGCUGCCACUGGCCUGGCUCCAAGACAUGUCCAACGGCCCCGAGUUCGGUGGCGGCGAUGUGACCAACUGGGAUGACCCCACACCGGAAUGCUUUUCCACACCGCCGCCUUUACUGGAGCGGACUCCAAUGUUGCCAACGCAAGCGGCUAUGAACUCAACUCACGACAUAUGUCUUCCAUUGGACAACGCCACUUCCAUAAGCCUGUGGCUCGACGAUAUCAGCAAGAACCUAUGGGAGGGCCCAACGUGCGUGGAGCAGGCCGACGACGACAACCACCCUGUGAACGAAGCCUCCUUGAACCAUGCGACAGGUACGGUGCUGUUCGUACCAGAAAGCCAGCUUCAGCUUGGGAGCGACAGCUGCUACACAUCGGCUAAGUGGUUGGUCUAG